AUGGAAAGCUGGGGUAACCGGUCCACUGGCACUGACUUUGUGCUCUUGGGGCUGUUCCACCACAUCCGUGCACCCCGGGCUCUCUUUGCUCUCAUCUGCCUGAUGUUUCUCGUAAUCCUCAUCGGCAACGUCAUGAUGAUGAUUCUCAUCUGGUUGGACUCGCGUCUGCACACACCCAUGUAUCUCCUGCUCUGCCAGCUCUCCCUCAUGGACCUCUUGUACAGCUCCACGUUUGUCCCCAAGAUAGCCUGUGCCUUUCUGUCUGGGAGAAACAGCAUUUCCUACGCCGGCUGUGGGGUUCAGCUCUUCCUGUUCAUGACUCUCGUGGGGGCAGAGUGCCUGCUGCUGGCCGUCAUGGCCUACGACCGCUACGUGGCCAUCUGCCACCCGCUCCGCUACUCGGUCCUCAUGUGCCCGGCCGUCUGUGCCCUCCUGGUGACCGGCACCUGGCUGAGCGCCCUGCUCAACGCCUCCGUCCACGUGGCCUACACUCUGACUCUCCCUUACUGCGCCUCCAGGGAGAUCCAUCAUUUCUUCUGUGAGAUCCCAGCGCUCCUGAAACUGGUCUGUGCCGACCCCUCUCGUUAUGAGAAGGGUCUUUAUGUCAGCAGGGUGGUGUUUCUCCUCCUUCUGAUCUCCGCCAUCAUGGCCUCGUAUGGGCAGAUCCUCUCCACAGUUUUGGGCUUAGGGUCCAAGCUGGGGAUGAGGAAGGCUUUGGCGACCUGUUCUUCCCACAUGAUUGUGGUGUCUCUCUUCUACGGGACAGCUAUCUUCAAGUACUUCCUCCCCAAAGCCUACCAAUUGGCCGAGCAGGACGAGGUGGUCUCUGUGUUUUACACCAUCCUCACGCCCACGCUCAACCAGCUCAUCUACAGCCUGCACAACAAGGACGUGGCGGGAGCCCUCGGCAAAGUCCUGGGAAGAUAUAGGGCCUUCCAGCUGGGAGCCUUGGGGCCAGGCCUGCGGGGACAGAGGUGGCCACGCAGUGGGCACAGCUCUGGGGUGUCCAGCCUGAGAGCCUACAACCUGCCUUCUGUCCUGCACCCGCAGGGCUCCACGGGUGCCCAGAGGACGCAGGUGCACCUGCCAAAAGCACCCACUGGAGACUUGGCGGCUCAUUACUAG